AUGAAAGCCAGUAAGGGAAGUCAAAAAAUAUUUAAUGAAAAAGAUAAACAUCCAUAUCUGGAACUUGAAGUAUUAACUAUAUCACAUAAUCAUUGUCUUAUAUCGGAUAUUUUAAAAGAAAAGAGAUCACGAACUAGUGGUAUUAUGAAAAGAUGUUGGUAUCAUGGUCCAGAAAAUAGACUAACAACUAAAGAAAUUUGGAAUAUUUAUUAUAAAUCAAAUGAAGACUAUUAG